ACUUGAAUGUAAAUAUAGAAAACUCGACUGCCCUCUUCGGGCUGCUCUGUCGUUCGCACUCCACAGCAGAACCAGUAGAGUUAGGGUUUUAGAUUCUCGCAUUUUGUUUUUGCAAAGAAAGCUAUCGGUCAAAAAAAUGGAGGGAGCAGACGACGGAGGCAUUGAGAGAGUGGUGGACUCCAAGGACUUGCAGCAACAGAGCAAAGCCUUCGACAAGCUCACCGACCGCGUCGAAGAUCGCCAGCUCGACUCCACUCGUGUGCAAGAGGCGAUGGCGUCGAUCGCUGCAUCAGCAGAAGCGGAUUGGAAAGCUACAAAAAUGAGAGAGAAAGAACUGGCUGCUGUUAAGAUCAGGGCAGCUGACUUUGACAUAAUCGCAAAUGAACUAGAGUUGGACCCAAAGGUGGCUGAGAGAACCUUACGGGAGCACAAAGGUGACGCUGUUGCUGCUAUUCGACAUUUGCUAAGGUAGAAAAGGCAUUGGAGUUAUGAAAUAGGAAUGAUGACCUUAACCAAGAAAAGAAAUAUGAACGAUGAGGACUUGCAGCUAAUAUUAUUUUGUCAGUAGAAGUAUCUAUCUUUUGUCUUCAUGACAAACAUGUUUGCUUCUUAAAUAUGCAUUUGGCACCAUGUGAAUAUUGACUCUGAGUAGUUAGGAUGGCUGAUUAAUGCUUUUCAGUCAGUUAAUACCAGAAUAACACUCAAUAGUCAUCAUUCCAGGCCGUGAAGGCCGAAUUGCUUUGAUGCGUACGGUGCACCCCUGGAUAUUGGAAUCAAAUCGAUUUUUAGGCCAUAGGUUUAGGAAAAUGCUAAACAUGUUAAGUUUUGCUACAAAAAUCUUAUAAACUGGGUUGGCAGUUUAUGUAAUUGGUGCCACAUCACUCAUGUAAUAAAUAUUGUUUUGACUUGCA